UUGCAGCGCGCCGGGGCUGAUGACAGUCUGAGCUGCUUCCGGUGUCAGGCAGCUGCUGUCGGUCUGGAGAGUUCUUCGUGUUUUUAUCUGAUAAAUAAGAUUUUUUAAUCGUGAACUCGUUCAUGACGCGACACACACUCACUUCUUCCGUCGUCAGUUUUUAAAGGGGAUGAAAAGGCUCAAGAGGAAGAAACAAAACGCGGGUUUUGCGGUGAAUGAGAAUGGCUCUUCCUCAAGAGAACUGGAUUGUGGGAGGAAACAGAAGUUGGCUGAGAUCCAUCGGGCUUUGAUCAGUGAUCCAGUCGACAUUGAGACCCUGAGGACAACAGCAGGCAGUAAAGGUGGACUCCUCACUGAUGAGCUCAGGAGGAAAGUUUGGCCCAAACUACUGAACAUCAACGUCUAUGAUCUACCACAUAAACCUGGUCGGGAUGUGAGGGAAAACCACAAAGACUACAACCAGGUGCUCCUGGAUGUCAGGAGAUCCAUGAAGCGGUUCCCUAAAGGAAUGCCAUCCUCAGAGAGAGCCGUGCUUCAGGAGCAGCUGAUGGACAUCAUACUGAAGGUUUUGAAACGUAACCCUCAGCUCCAUUACUAUCAGGGCUACCAUGACGUGGCCGUCACUCUACUGCUGGUUGUUGGGGAGCGAAUGGCCAUUGCCAUGUUGGACACCCUCUCCAAUUAUCACCUCAGGGAUUUCAUGGAUCCUACCAUGGACAGCACUAAACACAUUUUAAACUACCUGAUGCCUAUACUGGAGCAAGUCGAUGCAGAGCUGCAUGACUUCAUGAUCAGAGCGGAGGUGGGAACCAUCUUUGCAUUGUCCUGGCUCAUCACAUGGUACGGCCACGUCCUGUCAGAGUUCAAACACACACUCAGACUCUACGACUUCUUCCUGGCAUCACAUCCACUGAUGCCCAUCUACCUGGCUGCCACGAUUGUGUUGCACAGAGAAAAGGAGGUGAAGCAGACCGAGUGUGACAUGGCCAUGGUCCACCACCUCCUGUCGCGCAUCCCUCAGGACCUCCCAUAUGAACUCCUGAUCGCUCGGGCCCAGGAACUUUUCAGCCAGUACCCGCCAUCAUUACUGGCCAAGCGGGCAGCACUGCAAUCUCGCAAGAGUUUGUCCAUCAGCACCUUCCAAGCGUUUCAGCUCUCCACUCUGCAUCAGAGGCCAGACUCUGUUCUCCAACGCCUCACCAGGGCCCAGGGCUCCUCCACCUCCAGACAAGCCUCUCAACACUCAGGCCUGGAAGCGGCUUUACCCCAGGACCGUGGCCAGCUGUGGGGGAAGGGGAACAGGAUGGUGAAGAUGGCAGUGUGGGGGCUGUCUGCCACGCUCGGGGCGGCUGUGUUCGCUGUGGCUCAGACGGCCAUGGACUGGGGACCUGAGGUGUUACUGCAGCUGUUCUGACGUGGCGGUGGGCGAAUAGACUGUUAGACACACACAGAGUGACACAUGGUGACAGUGAACACACGUCUGCCCUCAUGAUGGAUCAACAGCAUACAUACACAAUGGACUUGAAGCUGCUCAGAGGGGAUGUUAGGUCGAGAGAAGCAGGAGGUCACUUAUCUUGGUGCUGAACAGGUUAUUGCUUCUUAACCACAAUGAACAUAUGCUAACCACUAGUCAGCCUCAGGCUGUGUGUGCAUGUGUGUGAGCGGGUGCAUGCAUUUCUGUGUUUCUAUGCAUCAUGUCAGACCUCAUACCAAACGUCGGCCCGGUGAAGGGGAAGCUCCAGGAACCGACUGUUAUCGUUUCUUUGUGUAAGUUCACUAAAACAACGACAAAGAACUUUGGAUAAAAAAUGCAAAAGUACCAAAACAAAUACAAAAUGAUUUCAGGACACACAAAACAAAUACAUACCAAAAAAAAGAUGCAAAACGACCUCAAAGAUGCCAAAUGACUACAAAGAGAAGCAAAACAACCACAAAGAGACACAAACGACUUCAACAAUCCAAAAAUACACAAAGAGACAAAAACAACUACAAAGAGAUGCAACACGAUCUGAAAGAGAUAGAAAUGAGAAUAAAUGGGUGCAAAAGAACUACAAAGAGAUUCACCCACAAAAAAACAGAAAGUGAUACCAAAAGAAAUGAAAUGACCACAGACACUCUGGUGUUUCUUCAGCGUAGGAUCGGAGGAGUUCUGUUACAUGUUUGUGCCCAUGGGCCCGUUGUCUCAUAAUCCGUUCAUGCACGUGUGACACUAACACGUCUCGCUCCUUCAGGCUGUUGCUCACAUGCCACUACUAUUGCAACAUUUUACACGCGGCUCUGUGUAUUUCCUGUUAGCUGAUUAUUUUGCAGAUAACUUGUUCUUAGACCAUCACUCUUGUUUUGUUGCAUUUCCGUUGAAAGUGUUUUAGCGCGCCUGUGUGAUCACGUCGGGCAGCCAGUAGUGCUGCUAGCACAACGACACACGACUGCAAAUAAUUAAAGAGCAGCGUUUUUCUACCUAAAGCUUCCAGUUAUGAACAAAGAAGGAAAGCGAGAGAGAGAAAGGGAGAUAUUUUUGCCUGUGAGCUUUUUAUUAAUUGCUUAACUCCAGGUGUCAUUGAGUUACAUUUACAGUAAUUUUGUAAAAAGCUGUUGCUGCCAGAAACAUGAAAAUAUCCCACAGUUGAGCCUUUAAGUAAAAGCAGUGGGUCUUUUGCGGAUCCAUUGUUCUGGGGGAAAACCAUAUUUUUCAAAGUAAUUUUUGUAUUUUCUGUGGCAGUUUUCUUGCUGUCUGGCCCACCACUGCUGAAAGAAUACGGGGAAGACAUCACUACUUUUACAUCUUUAAAAUAUUUAGUAGGUUUGAGCCAACAUCGACCCUGAACAGCCGUCAACAGAACUACACUACAUAGACUCAGUUCUUCCCCAACAUCAUGUUUCUCUUCCAAAUUCAAUUGCUUUGCUGUAAAACGAUUUUAUGGCUACAAUUUGUGGACAGUCCAAGUAAUUAUUUUAACA